CAAGCCGCCGACGGCCGUAAGGCCGACGACAUCGUCGUCCUCCACGUCGGGAAUGUUAGUACCUUGACUUCCUUUCUCGUUCUCCUUUCGGGAAAUUCCCGGCCGCAAAAUCAGGCCAUUGCCGCCGCCAUUGUCAAGGACGUGCAGGAACGGUACGCCCUAACGCCCGGUGGCAGCGGCGUUCCCGAAGGCAGUGCCGAAUCCGGUUGGAUGCUUCUGGAUUACGGCAAUGUCAUGGUACACGUCAUGACGCCCAAAUCGAGAUUAUACUACAAUGUGGAAGGACAAUGG